AUAGAUUUCAGGAAGUGGAAUUCCUCGUAGAUUCGUAGCGGGCAAGUAGAAAAAAGACGAUGUAAUGGUUCAGGCAAUAGUAAAAGAAACAUGGAAGUUUAUUUUCUAUGUGGUCUCAUUUGUUUCGGCCUCACACCUGCGACGCUAGGAGACGAUGGGCAGGUGACGUUCGUGUCUGAGCUCUCCUCUAAACCUGCUCAGAAGUUGUCAAAGUAUGGAUGGUAUGGCAAUGUGAGGCUGCAGAGGUUUCAUAUACCAGAGGAGACUGCAGUGGCUCGCUGGGUGUUCACUGUCACAAAGGGACACAGUUUUCACUGUGCACAGCACAACGUCACCAUCCAUAUACGAUGGGGUGCCCCUCCAGUGAUUAACCCAGUAGGGUCUGUGUUUCCCAAUAACACCUUAUGGACUCCCUGUGUAUCUCUGAAACUACCCGUGACCUCACAUAGCUCCACCACCUUUAACUUCUCCAGUCCUGCACCUGGUGAUUGGUACAUUGCAGCACAUUUGCCUGAAGAUGAUGGCCGUAUAGAGCAGAAGGGCUUUCCAUCCUGCUCCUACUUCUUCCAGCCUCAGCUUUCAAUCAGGAGGGCAGUGGACACGCCUGUUUUACACCAGGGCACAUUCCUCCAACAGACUGUAGCCCCUGAUAGACCUGCACGCCUUAAGUUGUACGUUCCAGAGUUUGCCUCCUCUUUCUCCAUUUCUGUGGCCGACUGCUCAUCAGAAGAGGAACCACACAAUGAGAACUGUUCACUGGUCUUCAGGAUCGGUUCGGUUUCUCUGCAGGAGGAGCCGCUGACAGUGAACUGCUCAGGGAUUGAGUGCUCUGCAACUCUUGCAAACCCUCCUUGGGACGCCUGGUUACAAGUUGUUGUGGAGAGCAACCAUGACAACCGAACUGUGGCGUUCAGCAUUGUCUCAAACUACACAGUGGCAUGUAAACCAAAAAGUGUGGGCCUUACAGUAGAUGAUGACUUCAGAAAGCUUCGUAACAACAGCAGCUCUACCAACUCGACAUCAGCAGGCAACAGUUCAACGGCCGCAGAAACACUUGCCUUUAGCAACGUAACAGCAUCGCUACUGACACCUUUGUCGGCCUCGGCGUGUGUGUGGAACAUCCCUGUGCUCUAUGAGGAGGUGGAUGUUCUGUCACUACGAUUCACCCCCGUCAACGGACCCAACGUCAGCGUCACAGAUACACACCCCACCCUGCUCAGCUACCCACUGCAGACACUGGCCACCGGUGGCACACUCAAUCUACAGCUCACACUGAACACUACAAAUGUGACCCUGGGAAACAGCAGCACUGUGGUGGCCUGUUUCUCUCCGUGGGCUCCAGUCCUUGAACUCAACAACUCUCAGCCCUGCCGCACAGCUUUAUUUGGAGGUUAUAUUGUUCAUGUGAACACCAGUGUCUCCAAAGCUGUGAUCAGACUGCCCUUCCCUCAGUCAACAACAUGGUACCUCACACUGCAGCUCACAUGCAACAGCAGUGACUGCGGUAACACGUCAGUGGUUUCUGUGGUGCCGGAGGUGUUCAUCAGUGCCUGUGUGGAGGAUUGUGGGAAAUAUGGUGAAUGUAGACUACUCAGAUCCUACACUUACCUGUACGCUGCCUGUGUCUGCAAGGCCGGCUGGAGUGGGUGGGGCUGCACCGAUGAUUCCAAAGCUCAGUCGUACCGUCGCCAGUUGACAGCAACUCUUCUACUCACAUUUAGUAACUUGUUCUUCCUGCCUGCCAUAGUGGUGGCGGUCAAACGUGGCUACAUCACUGAGGCCUCAGUCUACCUCUUCACAAUGUUCUUCUCCACGUUCUACCAUGCGUGUGACCAGCCGGGUGUAGCCGUACUGUGUAUAAUGAACUACGACACCCUACAGUACUGUGACUUCUUGGGGUCCGUCUGUUCCUUCUGGGUCACCAUCCUGUGCAUGGCUCGCAUUAGAGACACAUUUAAAUAUACUCUGUUUAUGCUCGGAGCUCUGCUGUUAGCCAUGUCAAUGCAACUGGACCGCAAAGGAUUGUGGAACAUGCUGGGCCCCAUCCUCUGCGCCGUGACGGUGAUGGUCACUGCCUGGGUUUAUCGAGGUGUAAAGCGACAUCACUGCUACCCGCCUUCUUGGCAGCGCUGGGUCUUCUUCCUGCUCCCCGGGGCCCUGUGCGCUCUGAUAGGCGUUAGUGUGUUUAUCUUUGCUGAGACAGAAGACAACUACUACUACACGCAUUCGCUGUGGCACAUCCUGGUGGCCGCCUGCGUCGUGUUCCUGCUGCCGCCGAGGGAGAAGAGCAGGGAGUCGUCGGGCUGGAGCCGAGGCUGGAAUUGGAACUGGAACUGGAACUGGAGCUGGAGACCCCGGGUUUGUGGGUACACACUCUGUCAGAGCAGCAAAGACGAACUCUGCACGGUCACGUAGUGGGUCAUGUGACGUGGAUACGAGCACAGGGUGUCUGCACGUCUAAAGGUUCAGGGUGUAAGGUUUGGAGGAUCUAAUGGCAGAAAUGGAGUGUAGUAUUUACAGUCAUGUUUUCAUAGAGUGAGUAUUGUGUGUUAGCUACCGUAGAUACAGUUGUGCUCAGAAGUUUACAUAGCCGAGCAGAAUUUGUGAUUCUUUGGCCAUUUUUCAGAGAAUAUGAAAGACGAUAUAAAACAUUUUCUUUCUCUUGUGGCUACACUGCAAAAGUUAAAAUCUUACCAAGUGUAUUUUUCUCAUUUCUA